AUGGACACUGUGCACUGGCGCCGUAGGUUGUGCUGGCUGACCAGAUUCCUGUUACAGAGGCAACUCUUCGCCAGGAGCGAAAGAGUCAAGGGCAUUGAUGUGCAUCCUCACGAACCCUGGAUCUUGACCACCCUGUACUCAGGACAUGUCUACAUAUGGUCAUACGAGACGCAACAGAUUGUUAAGACCUUCGAGCUCACCGAUGUCCCCGUGCGAGCUGGACGAUUCAUUGCGAGGAAGAACUGGAUAGUCUGUGGCAGCGAUGACUUUCAGCUUCGCGUUUACAAUUACAACACUUCCGAGCGCAUCACCUCUUUCGAAGCCCACCCUGACUACAUCCGAGCCAUCGUGGUCCAUCCUACCCAGCCUUUUGUAUUGACUGCCAGUGAUGACAUGACCAUCAAGUUAUGGGACUGGGAAAAGGGAUGGAAGUGUGUUCAAGUAUUUGGCUUGGACAGAACGGUCAAGAUCUGGAGCCUCGGUAGCUCAUCACCAAAUCAGACCUUGGAGGCUCACGAGACGAAGGGUGUCAACUACGUCGACUACUAUCCCCAUUCCGAUAAGCCGUAUCUCCUAACAACCUCCGACGACGUAAGCAUUCCUUUUUCCGUCAACAGCCCUAUAAUGGAUACUAAUGCCAUCUUGCAGCGGACCGUCAAGGUGUGGGAUUACACUACUAAGUCACUCAUUGCCACACUUGAGGGGCAUACGAACAAUGUUUCUUUCGCCUGUUAUCAUCCCUCACUUCCCGUAAUUGUUUCGGGAUCGGAAGAUGGAACCAUUAGAAUAUGGCACGCAAACACAUAUCGUUUCGAACAGAGUCUAAACUACGGUCUCGAGCGAGCAUGGGCGGUUAGCUACAAUAAGUCAAAGCAGGUUAUGAGUUUUGGCUUUGAUGAGGGAAGUGUUGUUAUCAAGCUCGGACGCGAAGAACCCGCUGUGUCGAUCGAUGGCUCAGGCAAGCUUAUCUGGGCGAGACAAAAUGAGGUUGUCUCAUCGAUCAUCAAGGGCGACUCUGCCGUCAAGGACAACGAACCCAUCAAUCUUCCCACAAAAGAUCUCGGUACUUGCGAAGUCUACCCUCAGACUCUUAUUCACUCCCCGAAUGGACGAUUCGUGGCUGUUUGUGGCGAUGGCGAGUACAUCAUCUACACAGCACUCGCCUGGCGCAACAAGGCUUUCGGCUCUGCGCUCGACUUUGUAUGGGGCUCCAAAGACAACAGCAAUGACUUUGCGAUUCGCGAGUCAACAACAAGCGUCAAGAUCUUCAAGAACUUCGUCGAGAAGACCGGGUCAUUAGACUUUGGCUCUGCUGAUGGACUGACUGGAGGAGUACUGCUUGGUAUCAAGGGGCAAGGCGGCAUCUCUUUCUUCGAUUGGCAGACUGGCGGGCUGGUACGCCGGAUUGAAGUCGAGCCUCGCCAAGUCUACUGGUCAGAUAGCGGGGAGCUCGUUGCCUUGGCGUGUGACGAUACCUUCUACGUCCUACGCUUCUCUCGCGACAACUAUGUUUCAGCUGUCCAAUCCGGUCAGGUUGAGGAAGAUGGUGUUGAGGCAGCCUUCGAAGUGAUCACCGAUAUCAGUGAAAGCGUGAGGACAGGCGAGUGGGUGGGCGACUGCUUCAUCUAUACGAACGCUACCAAUCGCUUGAAUUACCUGGUCGGUGAUCAGACAUACACAGUCGCUCAUUUCGAUCAGCAAAUGUAUAUCCUCGGAUACAUCCAGCGCGACAGUCGUAUCUACCUUUGCGACAAGGAUGUAAACGUCACAUCAUUUGCCCUUUCCCUGCCAGUGCUCGAGUAUCAGACACUCGUUCUCAGAGAGGAUAUGGAGACGGCCCAGGAACUCCUCCCCUCAAUUCCACAAGAUCAGCUCAACAAGAUUGCCCGUUUUCUCGAGGGGCAAGGUCACAAGGAACUUGCUUUGGAGGUUGCAACGGAGCCUGACCACAAAUUCGAGCUCGCCUUAUCACUGAAUCAUCUUGACAUUGCUCUCGAGCUAGCUAGAGAGGCCGAUGUCGUUGAGAGGUGGAAGACUGUAGGUGAUGCAGCCCUAGCUGCUUGGGAUGUAGGUCUGGCCACUGAAUGCUUCACACAUGCGAAGGAUCUUGGCUCCCUACUACUGGUCUACUCAUCAACUUCCGACCGUGAGGGCUUGGAGAAGCUCGCCGGUCAGGCAGAGGAAGCCGGAGCUCACAACGUUGCUUUCACUUGCAAGUGGCUGCUCGGCGAUGUACCGGGUUGUGUUGGCAUCCUUACCAAGACUGGCCGCCUGGCUGAGGCCGUUCUCUUCUCACAGACAUACAAGCCUAGCCUGACGGCAGAUAUUGUUACGGAGUGGAAGGACUCGCUCGAGAAGGGCAAGAAGGGCCGCGUAGCCAAGAUGAUCGGUGUUCCUGGAGCCGAGGGCGACGAGGAGCUGUUCCCUGAAUGGGAUGAGUGGCUACGGCUGGAAAAGGAGGGCGGCGUAGUUGUCGAAGCGACGAAUGGCGAAGCCGAGCCGGAUACCAAUGGCGGCCUAGAAGAAGGAGGAGAAGUCGAGGAAGAGGAAGUUGAGGACGACGAGUAA